AUGUUCACAGUAAAGGCAACUUAUCGAAACGAGACUCGCAAGUUUUCUUUCUCAGGGACUGUCUUGUUCCCCACAUACGAGGAGCUUUACCAGCAGCUGUAUCGCAUAUUUCCUAUAAGCCAUAAUUAUUAUCUUUCUAAACUCAUUUUCUCUCCUGACGUGUCGAAGACGUCUCGUAUUCUAAUUGGAAAAGAAGUCCAUAACGCAGAGGAGUAUAACACUCGUAUUGCCCCUUUACGCAGGCGCUGGCCCAACCCACUGCUCAGGUUCUCUAUCUUCGACGAGACUCCCCACAAAGCACCCAGCGCAACGGUCGAAGAUUCUCGGGAGGUUCCUAAUCCUUUGUCCUUCAUGGCGAUUCCUCCGCCUCCUACACUUUUGUCGACUCCUGCACCACCCAAUUCGUCAUCCGCGUCAUCUUUCGAUACACGUUUCCAGGAGUUUCUAUCAUUCAAGGCGGCUCAUCCACCGCCACCUUCUUCUAGACCACUUCCUACCCUUGAAGGUAGUUUUCUUGCGCCUCAAAUCCCGCCUUCGUUCAUUUCGCCGCCACCACCUAUCAUAUUCUCAGAACCGCCUACUCUCUCUAGGCAUCCCUCUCUUCCAAGUCUUCCUUCUCUCUCGUAUCAAGCGGCCUCCCCUAAGUCAUGUUGCUCAGUCGCCAAAGGGAAGUCGGAAAUGGAAACCUUAUUGACAUCUUUCAGGAAAGAUAUUGAUCGUAUCAUACUCGAUACUUUUGGCGCGUGCAAUGCUUCAGCACAAGUCGAUACAUCUCAUCGGCAGACCCCUUUUGGAGCGGGAACAUCCAACGAGGCUCCUCAUGCUUCGUCAGAGGCGUCGUUCAACACAAUGAACGUCUCAAUGGAACCUCUUUCAUCACAUUGGUGUUUCGUCUGCAGGAACGAGUUUUCUGGAAGCUGGUAUGGGUGUGUGAAAUGCCCAUGGCACUAUGUUUGUCCAAGCUGUUUUUCCAAAUCUGGUGCUAUGCACACGUUCAGUUUGGGGCCAACUCACGUUGUCCAGCAGCAUGAAACUGUACCGUCAAUCGCCACCACACCGUCAGCCGCGGAAAUAUCUGUAGAGUCUCAGUCUACCGGAACUGAGCUUGCCGAUGCUGAGCCUAGUCAAAACCCGCCUGUCAUUCACCGAAAUAUUCUUUGUGACAACUGCAACGAAAUAAUUGUUGGUGUCAGACGUAAAUGCCUGGAUUGUCCUGAUUAUGAUCUAUGCACGCCCUGUAUUGAGUCAGGUGCUGCAGAGAGGCACAACCCGUUCCAUGAGUUCUUCGACAUUGAAAUACCCGGACGAGUGCUCGUUCAUACGGUCUUUAGUGGAAGCGGGGAGCGUGAUGUUUCCCCAAAUAGUGGUAGUGCCAUAGCAGAUAGUCCUCGCACUUCCGAGGUGACGCCAGUGAGCACCAUAGAGACUAUUCGUCAUUGCGCGGCUUGCAACCUGUGUGACUCUCCCAUUGUUGGUGAUCGCUUCGUGAGUCAGCUUUCUGCAUCCCACUUUCUUACCACUCAUGGUUACCCAGAAAUUAUGGUCAGCAUUGACACUUUUGUGAUCAGGAUUACUGGAGAGCAACAUCCUUAUCACGGCUUUGUGCGGGUGAGCAAGCCGAGCGACCUCGUGAUGCGCAAUGCAGUGACCAACAGAACUACUCAUUACGCGACGUGUGAUGCUUGCCGCGAGACUAUUCGUGGUGUCCGUUAUAAGUGCAUGCACCCUAGUUGUCCGGAUUUCGACCUGUGUCAGAAUUGCGAAGCUCUCCCUAUCCCGGUCCACCCUUCUCUUCAUCCGUUAUUGAAGAUGAAGACUCCAGACACGGUCAUUCCUACCGUGUACAGAGUCGGGAUGACCAAUCUCAUCCAUUCUCGAAGGACAUCUCAGGGGAGCACUCCUCCCGAGACUUUUAAACCUCGUCCUCCGAAAUCUCCGUCCGUUUCUGUAUCACGCACAUCCUCCGAGAUUUCUGUGAAAAAAGAAGAGGAGCCCUCUCUUGUUCCCGAGUCUCUGAGUCCCCUUGCUAUCUUAGCACAGUGCCCCGAUUGCGUCAGUGAAAACUCUGUCGCCUCUUGGGGUUAUGGUCUAACUCCUGCUAAAUUACCGCAACCCCCACAGUCUGUCACUCCUAACUGCAAAGAACCUUCCUCGUCUCCCACCAGAUUAAGUACCAGCUCCUGCUACCAGCCUUCCACUGUUGAUCGCGAACAAUCGACCUCGCCUUACAGCAACUUGGUCCAGACGAUCGAUCGCUCUUCCGUUGAGGUGAACUCGCCACCCCUCGACCUGAACCCUUCACUCGAUAUCUUUCGUGAAGUUUGGCCAAAAGUGAAUCGAGAAAUGAAACACCUCGCUGAAGCAAGACAAAUAGACGUAAAUUCGCCUAGUUCUGUGGCCGGCUCCGACAAAGCCAUUGAAACCGAUCUGGGAAAGCUGGCGGAAUCCACGACUUCUCCUGUCAAAGCAAUUUUCCCUACAGAAUCUGUGGAGUCACUCCUCAAGGAAGAGUCGCCUGUUAUCCCGACGCUGUCUUUUGAUGUUCCACCGAUGGAUUUUGCUGGACUUCUACGUGGUUUCCGUACACCGUCCCCUGUCGCUUCUAAAGCACCUUCUCCAUCCACUACAACUUUUUCUUCGCUCCCUGAUAGCGUCACAGAUGAACAAGCCACUACUACGCCCCAACAGGCGGGAAUUACACCUUUCAGCUGUGCUUUUGUAUCCGACACGACAGUUCCUAGCGGUCAGAUUUUUCCACCUGGUGCUGAGUUCGUUAAGUCCUGGCGGAUGUUAAACGAUGGGGACAAGGCUUGGCCAGAGACGACUCAGAUUCACUUCGUUGCGGGGGAGUCUUUCUCACCUGGAGCUGACUCUUCGAUGGUUGUCAAAGUAGGACGUGUUGAUCCUGGUGAAGCUCUUGAUGUGUGGACCGGUGACCUGAAGGCACCCGAUGCUCCUGGUAGAUAUGUCAGUUACUGGAAGUUGACGGACGGUGCUGGGGAAAUGUUUGGUCCUAGUGUUUGGAUUGACGUUACUGUCACCGAGCCUCGUCAGUCAGCUGAUGAAGCUGACGAUGAUUCUUUGGCAUCAUCCUCUAUGGUCAUGCCAAAGUCAUCAUCUGACAAUAGGUCUGCUCAUUCUGUCGGACCCCUUGGUCACUUAUUUGAACCGUCAUAUCCUUCAACGUCCAAACCUACGACGGACGGGACGGACGAUGGGGCCUCUGAUGGAUCGUCAGUAUCAUUGGUCAGCGUUCCUUCGUCUGAUGACUAUGGAUCCGACUGGCAGGAUACGCAUUCCCAGCCUGAGAAUCUUGAGUACGUUGUGCUAUAUGACAGCAAUGGCUCAGAGGAUGAAUAA